UUAUCACCAAAUCAACGCAUGUACAUUUGAUAAUAAACAUUUUACUACUGAUUGCUAAUUUGAAGGAAGUAGUUAAGAUAAGUAGGUAAUUGCUAUUUGGUUCGUACAUGUUCAUUAUGUAAGUUUAGCAGAGAAAAAUGUUUCGUAUAUACAUAUUACUGUGUGGUCUUUCUCUAACCGAAGCCUACUCAGUCAAGGUCUCAGGUCAAAUGGAGCUGGGCACCAAACUGUCGAAGCUGAUCGUAGACUUGUACAAACAGUUAGAAGAGAGCGGGGUAAUCCAGGCACAAUAUAUAGAUGACGAUUUUGUGAAUAAAAAAGAAAAACUUGAAAUUUCACAAGAAAGCGGCGUAAAAGAAGAUACAGACUUUACCGACAAAACAAGACAAGAAAAGAAACAUAAGAAGAAGAGAGAUAAACGUGUCGUGCCUUCGUAUGAUCAAGGUCUCCCUGUCCUGGACAAAAUGGUGAAGAAUGAUUUGGAAAAACUCCACCUGUACGGCUACCAUAAGUCCCCGGAUAAAGACGGACAAGAUCUCGGGAAGCCUUUGAAUAAUGUCCACAUAUAAUAAUUUGAGAAUAAAGCGAUAUACUAUAUAACGAUA